GUGGCCCAGCCCUCUCCUUCCCCCGCUGUGGCGGCCAGUCUCGGCUGGCCCUGCCCACGUUUUCUCUCGCUUCUCUCUUCGCCCUGCCCUCCCCCUCCCUCCCUUUUCUGGUCAUGUGUUGCCUCGCUCGCUCUUUUUUUUUUUGUUUGCAGUGGAAACAAUUUAGCGUUCUUGUGCUAGCUCCUACCCAAGCCGCUACUCAUCCGUAGGGGGCAGACGAGGGGGGGGGGGGAGGAAGCUGAAGCAGGCGAGGAGGAGGACGGGAAUUGCAGCAAGGUCCCAUGCCCUGGCGUUUCCUCCUCUGCCCUGGGAUCCCCGUCUCUCUCUCGCUUUCCCUUCGGCCACAUUGUUGGCUCCUGGAGGGGGGGGGGGAGGGAGCAAUGCCUUGCUCAAUCGGAUGAAAGUUUGCAUAAUGAUCAUGGGAAGACAGCAGUGAAAAUCUCGACCUCUCCCAAGUCAGGCGCCUCCAUCUAAAUGGGUCCAGUUAUGCCUCCCAGUAAGAAGCCGGAGGGCUCAGGAAUCAGCGUUUCCAGCGGACUGAGCCAGUGUUAUCGGGAUGGUGAUUUAUCCAAGACGCUUCAUGAUGAUGAGGACUUGGAUAUCUCUUUACCUGUUCUCCGAUCAGAAAAAGGGCCCAUGGAGGACGAAGAGCUCACUAACUUGAACUGGUUACAUGAGAGUAAGAAUUUGUUGAAAAGUUUUGGGGACUCGGUCUUAAGAAGCGUUAGCCCUGUGCAGGACCUUGACGAUGAUACCCCUCCGUCCCCUGCUCAUGCUGACAUGCCCUACGAUGCCAAGCAGAACCCUAACUGCAAACCACCAUACUCUUUUAGCUGCCUCAUAUUUAUGGCCAUUGAGGACUCUCCAACCAAACGACUGCCUGUAAAGGAUAUAUACAACUGGAUUUUGGAACACUUCCCUUAUUUUGCAAAUGCCCCCACUGGAUGGAAAAACUCUGUGAGGCAUAAUCUGUCGUUGAAUAAGUGUUUUAAGAAGGUGGACAAAGACAGAAGUCAGAGUAUUGGGAAGGGGUCUUUAUGGUGUAUAGACCCAGAAUACAGACAAAACCUUAUCCAGGCUUUGAAAAAGACUCCCUAUCAUCCAUAUGUGUUCAGCACACCUCCAGCGUCUCCUCAGGCAUAUCAAAGCACAUCAGGUCCUCCCAUAUGGCCUGGAAGCACCUUCUUCAAGAGAAAUGGCUCCCUUCUGCAAGAUCCUGACAUUGAUGCUGCCACUGCCAUGAUGCUUUUGAAUACUCCCCCUGAGAUACAAGCAGGUUUUCCUCCCGGAGUGAUACAAAACGGAGCUCGCAUUCUGAGUCGAGGAAUCUUCCCUGGUGUUAGACCACUGCCAAUAAACCCUAUCGGAAGCAUGGCUGCUGCAGUAAGGAAUGGAAUUGUAAACUGCCGGAUGCGGACAGAGAGUGAACAAUCCUGUGGCUCUCCAUUGGUUAGCGGUGACCCAAAGGAGGAUCACAACUAUAGCAGUGCCAAAUCUUCGAACCCCAGGAGCACAUCGCCUGCUAGUGACUCAGUUUCCUCUUCCUCUGCGGACGACCAUUACGAAUUUGUUACAAAAGGUAGCCGGGACGGUAGUGAGGGCAGCGAAGUCAGCUCCCACAGCCAUGAGAGCCAUAGUGAGGCGGAGGAGGAGGACAAAAAGCAAAAUCGGAAAGAGACCAAGGAUUCUUUAGCUGACAGCGGGUACGCAUCUCAGCACAAGAAACGGCAGCAUUUACUGAAGGCAAAAAAAGUACCAAGUGACACACUGCCUCUUAAAAAGAGACGUACAGAGAAACCCCCAGAGAGUGACGAUGAGGAGAUGAAGGAAGCAGCUGGAUCACUCCUGCAUUUGGCAGGGAUUCGGUCUUGUUUGAAUAACAUCACCAAUCGGACGGCAAAGGGGCAGAAAGAGCAAAAGGACACCACAAAAAAUGAGAACAAAUCCAUUGAUUGAACUUAUAAAACAAUUUCGUUUCAGCACGUCAGGUGAAUUCUAAUGAUUUGUGGCAAUAUCAACAAAUAUUUUCUUUGUUCAGGUUUUUUUUAUUUUUCUCCUUUUUUGUUUUCGUUUUGUUUCUUUUUCCUUUUUCGGAACCCUUAAGAUUUUUAUUUUUUAAAGGAGAUUGAAGCCAUAGAACUCAUACUGAUACUCAACUAAUUUUACAAAAGCUUUUCAUUACAUGAAGACAAAAUAACAAAAGCCAAAAUUUGCCAUUGCUUUCUCCAGCUUUGUCAGAAAUGCAUGGUUGAAUAUGCCAUCACCAAUUAAUGUGAGAGAGGAAUAAAAUUUGGCACUUGGAAAACAUACCUAGAAGAAAUUUACUAAUUUGGUAAUCAUUCAGGCCAGGCUUUUAGAAUUUUUUUAGAAAGGCCUUAUGACCAGGUUUAUAUGUGAAUGUGACUAGAGAUUUGGGGAAAGUAAGAGGCGCACGUCGUCCUCAAAACCAAGAAUCUUAGAGUGGCAUUUGCUUGCUGUUGUGCCAUAAAAUCUUAGGAUAGCCACUGGAGACAGCUGCUCAUACAGUAAUGAACUACUAGGUGCUUCAUGUACUGUAUAUGGCUCAUAAUGUGAAGACUUAAUAACUUUUAAAAUUGUGGAAAACUGAACUGUGUAUGCAAUGAGUUUCAGUGAAAUAAAGAGAAAGGGGAUGGGGGAGAUUAGUGAUAUUGUUUAAUCAAUUAAUUGUCUUCUAUAUUUAAAUUAAACGAAUGUUUUUUUAAAAAGCCAUAAGCCUGAAGAUUGGCACUGCCUGCAAAAAUAUUAUGGGAAGACAAGCUAUGAGUUCUUAACUGCCUGAGUGAAAAGCAAUCAAGUCUAAAAAAAAAAAUUAUGAGUAGAUAUAUAAGGGGGAUCAAAAUGAGGAAACCUCAAAAAGAUUUGAUCAUGCUAGGGGGGAAAUAGACAUGCUACAAAACCUGCCAUUAGUAUUAUAUUACCUUUUUUUUUUUGAAAAAAAAAUGAUGUGUUUGGGCAAAAGAUAUAAAGUGAUUAUUAUUACAUAGAGCUCCUUUACAGUGCCCUCAGAAUGGCAUACCCAGUUAAUGUCAGUGAGGAUUCAUCUGUGCAAACAUGAUGAUGUAUUUCCAGUUUUAACCAGUGUAGCCAGCAGAAAAUUCAGAUCCACAUUUGCAUGGAUUCCUUUCUGGGAGGGACAGGGGAGUACAAAACAAAACCCUUUUUUAAUUCAAAGAUAACAGAAGUUCUUGUAAGGUAAAUAAUGUAUUUAGCAUGAAGCAUGAAUUAUUUUCAUAUAAAUAUAGAAAAUAGAGAAAAAGGCUAUGCCUCUAAUUUUUAAGCCCAUUGGCUUAGUUUGGGUUUUUUUUUCCCAUUUUGGAUUUUUUUUUCCUUUUUGUUUUGUUCUUUUGUUUUUUGGAAGCAGGUGUUUUAAGGUUUAACCUUUUUCAGGGACAAAUACUGACUGUUGGGGAAACUUACUCUGCAAUAUUAAAAAUAAAUCUUCAUGCUCGGGUAGGGCUUGGAUGGUUGAAUUAAAUUGCCUUGUCUGCACAUUCAGCCCCCUCCCCCUACUUCUCUGUUUUUUUGAACACGUUUGUCCUUUCUUUGUCUUUACAUGUAUUAACAUUACGCAAUAAUUUUGAGGGCAAGGUGAGUAGUGAGUGUGUAUGAUAAGGCUUCCAGAGGAGAUGCUUGGAUUUUGGCAAAGCAACGUACAAAUUGGUUUGGGAAGACAAUGACUGCACCAAUUGGCUCAUCUGCAAUGGGGAAAUAAAUGUUCUUUGGUUCUGAGUGAUUGGAGUUGUAUAGUGCCAUGGUGUAAAAAAAGUGAUUGGCUUAAUGAAUUACCCUACCCAUGCAGUGAUAAUAGCCCCUUAAAAUGAGUUUGAAGUCUCCUCAGUAAGUCAGCCUCGUUCAGACUGAAAACUGCAGUCCGAAGAACUGUCAUGUAUCAGGUCUUUCAGGGACCUCUAUUCCCAGCCACAGCCUCAGCCUGGGAAAGGGAUCCUUUGGAGUAACGUUUGACAUGGUAAUGCAUCCAUGUGCAUACAGAAAUGCUUUAGGCAUGCAUGGAGCUCUUUGGAUCAUGGCCAUAGGCUCCAGUGAAGUAAAUGUAAUUUUAUAUUCUAGGAUGCUUUAGGAAAAAAUGUAAGAUAAAAUGCUAAAAGCCAUUUCAGGUAAUAUUUGGGGGGGGAUAUUUCAGGCUCAGUGGGAGAGGGGAGGAAAGGAAGUCACAUUCCACAGGUGGAAAUGCUUCCAUUGAAAAAAUGCUCCACUGGAUCUAAACCACUGGAAUGAUACUCCACAAAAUAUAUUCAGCGUGAAUGAGAGACACAUACUGAAGAGACUUACAAAAAACACAUCAGAUUGUGAGUCUAUCAGACUGUUGCCUCUUCUGUCAUAAUGUAUCCUUGUAGACAGAUAUGGCAGAAAAGUUGUGUCUUAAAGAUAGAAGAGUGGAGGAGAGGGUAAUGCUUGACUAAGCAGCAAAAAACCAACUUCUUAAGGAAUUUAAAACAGUCAAAGAAUGUAAGAGAGUUCUCCGCAAACCUGGGUGCCAAAUACAUACCCUUGUAACUACCAUAGAGAUGCACCCAGGCAUGAGCACAUCUGAUGAAGAGAUAUAAUUGCCUAUUUAGUGGGAAGAAAUAAAUAUUCCCCCAGGAGGCUAUUAGGUCAAGAGUGGAAAGGAUUCUGAAGUUUUAAUGUUACUAUUUAUACCAGUAUAGUAAUGCUUGCAUGGAGAACCAACAGAGUACAGUGCACUCAGCACACUGGAGUCUAUGUCACGACCCAAAGGGUUCUCUCAGUUGCGGACUGAAAUGCAAUCCGAAGGCUAGAUCCUGGAGUUAAUAGAAGAGCAUGUACAGGAUCCUAAGAAUGGAUCUCUGUUUAACCUCUGGUUUCUUGCUGCAGUGGCAGGAGAUAGCAUGGGAAUCAUAUCACAUUGCACCCCUUCCAGUAAAUAUGCUGUGCUCCUUACAUCAAGCAGGUGUGUGCUGCAGGCUGAAUUAUAAAUUUGAGUGCCAUUGUGUCUACUUUUCCCCCUCUGUGCUCACUGUGGAGAAAGUAGUACUGUUUCUUGCGCUCUGAAACUCUGAAUGAAGAGUAGGGUAUAAAUCCAAAUCUUCUUCUUCUUCCAGCUUCCAUCCAGUCAACUGGGGUAGGGGGAAUCUUCUAGACAAUUCAAUGAGACUUGACUAAGGAGAAAUUCCUGGCUGUCUGCCCUAAAUGCCUUUUUAAAUAAUAUACAUCACUGUAGUCUUCCUUAAAUUCCUCAGAUCUAGAAGUGUGCCAUUCCUACAUACAUUUUUGGCUUGUAACAUAGUUGUACAUCCAAAAUAAAUGCAUUUAUUUCAUUAGUUCCUUCUGAAUGUGUUACCCAGUGUUACUAGCAUAACUUUGUUCCUCAAAAGAGAAUAUUCCUCACACUAGUAUUGACUAUAUUAUAAUCUACCAUGGAUUUUUGUUGUUGUUUUUUGAAAAUGUAGUCCCCAAGAAACAUUUUAAAAUCUAAUUUGGUAAUUCUUUAAAAAUUGGCCAUAUAAACUGUUUCCUAUGUUAUAUUUAUAUCCACAGUUUUUUGCCUGACAUUCAUGCAGUAAAUUUGUGCAUGCAUCCAGCCUUGGGAUUCAUUGCAGGAAUUUUCAUCCCACUUGUAGAAAAAAAUUGGCUUUGGUUUCUGGACAGUCUUCAGUGAGAAUAAUAUUUAUUUAAUUUACUAUAUGUCUUGCUAAUCAACAGAGUAAAUCUACUAAGGCAAUAGCCUUCAGCUUUUGUAUAAAGCUGUUUUAUAAAAGGAAAAA